CCAAAAACAUUGGUUGCUUCCAAACCCUAAACACACUUGCAUUGGGUCCUUUUAUACUCGUGUCCUCCGGUGUUGUUUCCCUUCUUCAGCACCCGCGCCGUUUCUGUGCUUUCACUCUGCUACCUCGUGAACAAUGGUGAGGGUUAGUGUCUUGAAUGAUGCUCUCAAGAGCAUGUACAAUGCUGAGAAGCGGGGAAAGCGCCAGGUCAUGAUUAGGCCAUCCUCAAAAGUGAUUAUAAAAUUCCUUUUGGUGAUGCAAAAGCAUGGGUACAUUGGAGAGUUUGAGUACGUUGAUGAUCACAGAGCUGGAAAAAUUGUGGUUGAAUUGAAUGGUAGAUUGAACAAAUGUGGGGUUAUUAGUCCCCGUUUUGAUGUGGGUGUCAAAGAGAUUGAAGGUUGGACUGCUAGGCUUCUUCCCUCGAGACAGUUUGGGUAUAUUGUGUUGACUACCUCUGCUGGAAUCAUGGAUCAUGAAGAAGCAAGGAGAAAGAAUGUUGGUGGGAAAGUGCUGGGUUUCUUUUACUAGUCUAGUUUCCUUUGAAGAUUUUGCGCUGAUUUCAGUUUUUGAAACUUGAUCAAUGUGUUAGACUCGUAGUAUAUUAUUAAGUAUAGCAUAGCAGGAGCAGAUUUUCUGAUGUGCUGUUUUGUUUGCCGAACCAAUUUGAUGACUAUAAUUUAUCUUAUUUUGUUAUGGUUCUUUUUUUCUUUAGCCAAGAUAUAUUGGCUGAAAUAAUCUACCGUUCCGUACUAGCGAUGGUGGAAUUGGUAUUAUUA